AUGGCUAGGGUUGUGAGACGGGCCGCUGCAGCUCGAAGUGCGCCCAGCAGUUUUGCUAGAAGACGAGCUCGCAAGCACAAGGUCAUUAUGGAGGCAAUCACGCAGGAGAAGAAAAAGCUGCGAAGUGUGAUAUGCUUUGAGGCUCAAGCUCCGAGUGGAUUCACAUUCAUUCCAGCAGGUAACCCGCUUUUGACAACCUCGUGCAAGGAGCGAUGUCGAAAGGACGGGCUGCAGGUCUUUGCUGUCUCAACAACACCACACAUGGGCACGCACAACCUAUCGCAGCACGUUCAUAGGAUCGGUUACCACUUCCCAAGUACCGUUGUAGCUGCUGUCUGUUCUGAGCUUGGUCUCUAUCUCACUAGCGCUGGGAAGGCUGUUCCAUUCCAUUCGCUAGGUAGUCUACGAAAGGACUCUCCGGAGAAAACCGAAGUGGAUCAGAUCACAAUCAACACCGAGGCAAGAGACGCGAUCCGGGACUUGUUCCCCAAUAUUCCGGACAAUGAUCUGAAUCAGAUCAUCAAAACGGCAUUUCAAAAGGGUCAACGAAAAGUCGGUACAGCAUCUACUCUACCUCUUGCUCGUCGAGCGCAACUGGCAGUCGUGGCUCAUAUUCGUCACGUCUACACUGAUUACGAUCGUCUCUUAAAGCAGAAAUCGUUUCAUGAGGCAAGAUCAGAGGUGGAGCAUCUGACACUGAACAAGGUCAUCGCUUGGCGCGGAGAUGACGAGAAUGGGCAGACUGCUCUCGAAGAUGUCUUCCGCGAAGUCAUCGUUAUUUCAGAUGACGAUGAUAGUGAGCUGGAAGAAGAUGAAGUUAUGGAGGUGAACAUGCGCGACCGCGGUGUCGAAAUUCUUCCAGAAACCGGCCGAAUUCACCAGGUGGAGACUCGGCCCGUUAGAGCUACACCAAUGUCUUAUCACAACCCAGCACGCGAGCAUUCUGAAGAGGCCUCCGCUGAAUUCAGGAUCAUAGCCAGGGCCCCUGCUCAGAGUUCUAUCAACCGCCGCGGAUUUAGCAGAUAUCAAGCCUGGAAUCGCGCAUUGAAUCGUUAUCGGGCAGAAGCUACAGCCACUCAACCAGUGCCCGUUGGCGGUGCUCCUUUUGCCGAAAGGCAGGGUAGAGCAGACAUCAACAGACCGGUCACCAUUCACAGGAUUCCGGAGCCUCCAGCUAGCGCCUCGGCGGACAAGGUUCCAACAUCCGGUUCAGGAAAUCAUUUUGUUCGGGGGCCCGGACAGCAAGCUUCUAGCUUCGGACCAGCAGAUCCCAGGCCUGGAAACAUCCUUCCGGGGCCGCACGGAAGACGCUUCCAGAUGGAAUUCGAACCUAAUGUGACCCAUGAGAGAUCAACUGCAAGGUCAGUAACACUAACUCUACAGAAAUCUCCUCGAGCUCAACAUCUCAGCACUAGAGUUUACCCCUCUACUCGUUCUGCGCGCAUUGCAGACACAAACCAACACCCUCUGAGCUCUCAUGGUUGUCCAGAAGGAUGUCUUGCCCCAUCUGUGGACAGGAAGAUCGCACCAGGUCUAUCACAUAACCCCGACGGAUUUCAUUUGGAACAAAAGGCCGAACCCAAUUCUCGUUCUGACUGCCCAGAGCCUUUCAUCCCAAGGGCGGUAUCACAUCGUGAGGAGCCAAUCCCUUCUAUUGAGACAACGGAAACCACGGCUCUUACAGAAAAGCGCCCCGCAGAGGGCCGUUUAGUUCAUUUGACCCAGGGGAUGUCCCUUCGCUCCGUUACUCCAAUUCACACCCAGGGUGAGACAUCUCGCCAUCUUCUCACAACAGGUACUGAAGAUCCGGAGAAUCCCAAGCCCAAGCGGAGACGCCUGGCGCAUCUGGAGCCAAACAACAAUCCAGCUUAUCAUGGGCGCAAUUCUAGGACUGGUGAGGAAUCAGGUUUCACAGGACUGCAAAGGAUCCAGUGCCAGGAAGAGACUCGAGGUUCUCAGCCUCACCCUCUGAACAGGCUGCACCUCCGCCGUGAUCAUUCACCUCAUAUGCAGCAUGCUCCGGCUUCGAUUUACCCACUGCAGAGGAAUGCCCCGGCGGAAGGAUUUCCGGCCAGCUCGAGUGCUAAGCCAAUCCCGGAUCGACCACAUCUGCAUGAAUCCCAUGCAACAUAUCCCACAGCCACUCAGUCUGGCUUUGUAAACCACUGCCGGAUUGUGCACCCUACAGAUCGUACGGCUGGGCCCCCAGCCGGUGCCACUCGGGCAGAGAUACGGCCCAUUUACCUCAGUGAUCGUAGUCCUGGAUUUGAUCGCCCUCGCCCUGCGCGAAUGGAAGGAUACAUGCCCGAGUUGAGGUCCUAUUCCAACGCGGAUCAUCCUGUUGUGUACACUGCUCCUGCUCAUGGUAGACAAUAUGCAAACGGCUUUGUUCGUGCUGUCGAUGUUCGCGAGGCUCGUGCCACUGCUUUGGACCCUCCUCCUCCUCCUCCGGUGAGGGAUCGGCAAUUGUUCCAUGUGGAAGCGGAUCGUACCCAGCCAGCAGGGGGGCGGACUUCUGACUACCAGGUUCUUUAUGACUCGUCGCGUGCUACAGGCUUCGUUGAGAACCGACACCCGCGGAGCCCGCAUCUGCUGCUAGCCUCUUCGGAGCAGGCAGUUCGGCCAACUCAUACCAGCCCUCGCGAAAUCCACAGUAAACCCAGUGGUGCUCCGCGGGACAGGCGCCCCAGUAACGGAGUUAACGCACCACGGCGCUAUCAUGAUCCAAGGGCUUUCCAGAUGGCCGAGUCCAACCGUCCAAUCUAUGUCCAGCGUGUCGAACAACGACUGCCUCCUCAACAUCCAGUACCAGGAGGUCGCCCAGUCAUUAUUGUGGAUUGA